GUAACUACCCUACUUAAGGCUCUGCCAAUACCCACGCCGGUGAUGAUGAUACCCGCCAAAAUUGGAAGCAAAGAAUUUACAGUUCCUCCGAAUCAAUCUUCAAAGACGACGAUGGAAGAAGGGGGAGUUGAAGGCGGCGAUGAGAGAGAGAUCGAAGUCCAGGACCUGACUGGUAAAUCAAUUGCGCUCUUCAUUUCAUCCACCAAAACAGUUGCAGAUCUAAAGCUCUUACUACGAGAGUCCUUCGCUCCUGCUUCCACUUGUCCCCAUUUUCACCUCUUCCACAAGGGUAUAAAGCUAAAUUUGCAAAGUAAAUUGAACACUAAGGUGAUUUCAGAUGCAGUGUCUGUUGUAUUAGUACCAUUUGCAAAGAAGAACCAACAGAAAUGUCAUCAAUCUCAUCAACCUGUUCAACCCUUUGAAGACGUGCAAACAUGCGAGGCCUCAAGUUUUGCUGAGUCAACAUGGCUUGAAAUGAUGCAAGACCUUUCUUUUCUGCAACCCAAUGGUUCUGGUGAUGGAAAUGAAGUCAUUGGGCAGACUGAUUCCAUAAUUCAACAAUUGGAUCUCAAACAUACAAGAUGCUCAACUUCUGAUAAAUAUAAAGAAAGCAAUGUUGCAAAUGAGAAUGAAGGAAAAAUAAGAAAAAGUACUUCUACUUCUUCAAGAAAACAAAACGAGGCAAAACGCAGGAAAAACAAUUCUGCUGAUUUAAAUUCCUGUCCAGUGAAACAAAAAUGCCAUGAAACAAACCCCUUGCAACCUAUGGAGAUGGUAGAACAUCUCAGAAAGCAUCUAGGAUCUCAAGGACAGGUAAUGCAUGUCGAGAAUAUAAGUGCUAGGAUAGCUGAUUAUGUUGAAAUUCCGGACGAACUUUCAGACACUACAAAAUCUGCUCUUAAACGUAUUGGGAUUAUCAAGUUGUAUAGCCACCAGGCAAAGUCAAUUCAGGCAUCCUUGGCUGGAAAGAGCGUAGUUGUUGCAACAAUGACAUCUAGUGGCAAAUCUGUAUGUUAUAAUGUGCCAGUCCUUGAAGUAUUAUCCCAGGAUUUAACUUCAUGUGCUCUAUAUCUGUUUCCAACUAAGGCAUUAGCUCAAGACCAACUACGAGUCAUGUCAUCUAUGUUCGAAGGGCUUAAUUUCAAGCUAAACAUUGGAAUCUAUGAUGGGGAUACUUCUCAGGAAUAUAGGAUAUGGCUACGUGAGAAUGCUAGGCUGUUGAUCACAAAUCCAGACAUGUUGCAUACUUCCAUUUUGCCAUUCCAUGACAAAUUUGGACGAAUUUUAUCAAACCUUAGAUUUAUCAUCUUUGAUGAAGCCCAUGCCUAUAAAGGAGCAUUUGGAUGUCAUGCUGCUCUUAUAUUGAGGAGACUCCUCCGGUUAUGUAGUCACAUUUAUGGUAGUUGCCCAUCUUUUGUGUUUUGCACAGCAACCUCUGGUAACCCUCAAGAACAUGCUAUGAAGCUUGCUAACUUAUCAUCAGUGGAGUUGAUACAAAAUGAUGGUAGCCCGAGUGGUCCAAAAUAUUUUGUCCUCUGGAAUCCUCCUCAACGUAUGAUGGACAAAACUAAAAGUAUCCCUAAUGACAAAGAAUCUGAUCAUAAGGUUGUUAUGCAACGUGGAAGCCCCAUUUUAGAGAUGUCUUCUAUAUUCGCAGAAAUCAUCCAACAUGGACUUCGUUGCAUUGCAUUUUGCAAAUCACGCAAGCUUUGUGAACUUGUAUUAUCUUAUACGCGUGAAAUCCUUCAGCAGACAGCACCUCAUUUGGUUCAAUCUAUAUGUGCUUACCGCGCUGGCUACAUUGCCGAGGAUAGGAGAAAAAUUGAGAGUGAAUUCUUUGCGGGCAAGGUUAGUGGUGUUGCUGCUACCAAUGCCCUAGAGUUAGGUAUCGACGUUGGACAUAUUGAUGUUACCCUGCACCUGGGUUUUCCUGGUAGCAUAGCGAGUCUGUGGCAGCAAGCUGGGAGAUCAGGGAGAAGGGAAAAGCCUUCACUUUCUGUUUAUGUUGCAUUUGAUGGACCUCUUGAUCAAUACUUUAUGAAAUUUCCCCAGAAACUCUUUGGUAGCCCAAUUGAGUCAUGUCCUAUUGAUGCAAGGAAUCAUCAGGUGGUUGAGCAGCAUCUUGCAUGUGCUGCUUUUGAACAUCCGUUGAACUUGCACUAUGAUGAGGCUUAUUUUGGUACUGGAUUGGAGAAGGCUGUAUUGGAACUCCAAAUUAAAGGAUUCUUGAAAGCUAAUGGUUCACAUGAUUCCAUGUCUAGAAUAUGGAGUUAUAUUGGCCCUGAGAAAUUUCCUUCGCGAGCUAUUAGCAUUCGGGCUAUAGAAAGUGAAAGGUACAAAGUGAUUGACAAGAAAAAGAAUGACGUCCUCGAAGAGAUUGAAGAAAGCAGAGCUUUCUUUCAGGUUUAUGAAGGUGCAGUAUACUUGCAUCAGGGGAAAACUUAUUUGGUGACAGAAUUGGAUAUAUCGAGUAAGACUGCUUUCUGCCAAGAAACUGAUUUGCAGUAUUAUACACGAACACGUGAUUAUACAGACGUUGAAGUCUCUAGACUUGCAUACAGAGCAAAAAUUUCUAGCGAUCAGUUUCCAGGAACAGAUGCACAAACUCGCAGUUGCAAAGUAACAACUACUUGGUUUGGCUUUAAUCGCAUUCAGAAAAGAACCAAUAAGUUUUUAGAUACAGUUGAACUCUCACUUCCCAAAUACACUUAUGAAUCACAGGCUGUCUGGAUUGAUGUCUCUCACUCCAUAAAGGCAGCUGUUGAAUGUAAAGGGCUGAAGUUUCGUGCAGGCUUACAUGCUGCCUCUCAUGCUCUGCUUAAUAUAGUGCCAAAAUAUAUCAUAUGCAACUCGUCUGAUUUAGCUUCGGAGUGCAUUAACCCUCAUGAUACCCGUUAUAUACCUGAAAGAAUACUUUUAUAUGAUCAGCGUCCUGGAGGGACUGGCGUCUCUAAACAACUUCAGUACAUUUUUGUCAAACUGCUGAAUGACGCUUUGGAACUUUUGGAAUCGUGUUGUUGUUCUGGAGAGGAGGGUUGUCCUGGAUGCGUCCAAAGCCUGGUAUGUAAUGAAUAUAACGAGGUAUUGCACAAGGAAGCAGCCAUUAUGAUAAUCAAGUAAACGGUUGGUUGGUUGGUUGGUUGGUUGGUUGUCUCCAUGCAGGAAGUUUUGAAUGAAGAGACAACUAAAUAUCAAAACCAGAACAAGUAGAAACUAACUAUGUCACAGAGAGAGCCAACACUACUUCUAUGGAGGUGGUUCAAAUGAUCUUUUUUACAAUCGGCCUUUUAGGGUAAAUUUUUAAUUAGAUUAUUUUGUACGCAUUUCAAUUAACUUAUGUCAAGUAUCAUGUUGUUAUGAUCAUCUAGAUUGAGAUGUUUUUUUCCAAGAUUUCCUAAAUACUAUGCAAUGUGUAUUAUUGCACAUCCAUUUUGACUC